UGUAACAAACAUUAUAAAGACGCAUUUAUUUAACUUCGUCAGAGAAGCGUAAACCGAUAUUGCUGUAACUGGUAAAAAAAAAAUAAUAAUGGGGGAUGACCAGGAUUGUGUUUGGACAAACACACGUACAAUCAGGCAUGCCAAGGUGUUCUAGUGUGGAAUAGGCUGAAAGUGUGCGGCACCCACCGCUGUCUUCAUGACCACCCCUCCCCUCGUGGCGUUCCCUGGGCAGCAGCCUCAUGCCCGGGACGUCAACACGGCGUCGCUCUGCCGCAUCGGCCAGGAGACGGUGCAAGACAUCGUCCUGCGCACCAUGGAGAUCUUCCAGCUGUUGAGGAACAUGCAGCUGCCUAAUGGUGUGACGUACCACCCCAACACCCACCAGGACAGACUGGGCAAACUGCAGGAGCACCUGCGGAUGCUCUCAGUCCUCUUCCGCAAGCUGCGCCUGGUUUACGACAAAUGUAACCAAAACUGCUCCGGUCUGGAUCCCGUACCCCCAGAGCAACUCAUCCCUUACGUGGAGGACGAUAGCUCCAAACACGACGAACACUUGGCCGGCCAGACCCGCCCGGCUCCUGAGGAUAGGAGGGAGGUGCUGGAGGUGAACAAGAAGCUCAAACAGAAGAACCAACAGCUGAAGCAGAUAAUGGACCAGCUCCGUAACCUCAUCUGGGAGAUAAACUCCAUGCUGGCUGUUAGGAGUUGAAACGGCAAACAUGGCGACACCAAGAGACUGACACAUGAGCGUUGGCUCGCCCACACACACACACACACACCGGAGACAGACUGGAAGACAUGGUUAUUAACUGGAUUUGUGACAGGGCUGAUGCUGAGACUGCACUUUAGAAAUGCGGGCUUUCAUAUUUUAUAUCUAUAUAUAUAAUAAUAUAUAUUACACCACCCAGAGUCCCACAAGACCUACUGGGAGAGAACAAGGGGGAAGAAAGCAGAUAAGAGUCGUGCAAUGGAGAAAUGCUGUGACAGUUGCAGCCUAUUAUGGUAAAGGACUUUCAGUGUUGUGGUUUAAAAGACUAGUAUUAUAGAAAUGACUUUCAGUAGAAUUUAAAUCAGGCAAUUUACUGUAGGUACUAGGUUUAAUGCAGGACAAUAUGUAGACAUUCAACAUUUAAAAAAUUAUUUAAUCUCUAUAACCUCAGAUAUUUGAAAUACUAAAUGUACCUAUUUAGAGGGGUAUUUGAAGUUUCAUUUCUCAUGUCAUGUUCCUAAAAUAUUUUAGCGAAAAAGAUAUCUGGCAGCAUUUUCAGGGUGCAUAGGAGCACUUAAGUCAAAACACACAUCGUUGAAAUGAAAAAACGCAGAUUGAAAUUGCUUCCAAAUUGAGGCUUGCUUGAUCCCCGCCCACUACCAACCACAUACAGAUCUGUGCAGUUAUACACCAUGAAAAUGGUAGUGUGAUAAAACAGAGUUUUAUUGUGUAUUGUAUUUCUUUUGCUUUUCAUGUGUGGUUGGCUGCUUGAUUUAGAAGCGUCUGUAUGCUGCAUCUUCUGGAUGUUUUUUUUUAUGUUCAUCCUACUGUCUCGUUAACUGGUAAUUCUAUGGCGCUAUAAAUCCUGCUGUGAUUUAG